AUGUCUACGACCCUUUUAUCCGCCUUCUACGACAUCGACCUGUUGUACAAGAACGAGAAGGCACUCAAUAACUUGGCCCUGAGCACCAUGCUGGACAAGAAGGCAGUGGGCAGCCCGGUGAGUUCCACCAACUCCAACCUGUUUCCGGGCUUCCUUCGCCGGCAUUCUGCCACCAAUUUACAAGCCCUCAGCGGCAGCACCAACCUGGCCAAGUUCUGCCCCAACAACAACAACAACCCGCUAAAGGAUCCAGCUGUCAGCAGCACCGCCCUGCUUAACCGGGAAAACAAGUUUAGGGACCGCUCAUUCAGUGAGAAUGGGGAGCGUAGCCAGCACCUCCUGCACCUACAACAGCAGCAGCAACAGCAGAAGGCUGGGGCGCAGGUCAACUCAACCCGCUACAAGACCGAGCUGUGCAGGCCGUUUGAGGAAAAUGGGGCAUGCAAGUAUGGGGAGAAGUGCCAGUUUGCUCAUGGCUUUCACGAGCUGCGCAGCCUGACCCGUCACCCUAAAUACAAGACCGAGCUGUGCCGCACCUUCCACACCAUUGGCUUCUGCCCCUACGGGCCCCGCUGCCACUUCAUCCACAAUGCCGAGGAGAGGAGACAAGCUCCUGGGGCAGGCGAGCGCCCAAAACUGCACCAUAGCCUCAGUUUCUCUGGCUUUCCUAACCACAGCUUGGACUCCCCCCUGCUGGAGAGCCCAACCUCCCGCACCCCUCCCCCUCAGUCCUCGGGCUCCCUCUACUGCCAGGAGCUGCUGCAGCUCAAUAACAACAACCCCUGUGCCAACAAUGCCUUCACUUUCUCUGGGCAGGAGCUAGGUCUGAUCGCCCCACUGGCCAUCCACACUCAGAACCAAUCUUACUGCCGCCAGCCUUGUUCCUCCCCACCUCUAAGCUUCCAGCCUUUAAGGAGAGUCUCUGAGUCGCCUGUAUUCGAUGCCCCCCCUAGCCCCCCAGAUUCCUUGUCUGACCGGGAUAGCUAUCUGAGUGGCUCACUGAGCUCUGGUAGCCUGAGCGGCUCAGAUUCCCCAACCCUGGACUCUAACAGGCGCCUGCCCAUCUUCAGUCGACUAUCCAUAAGCGAUGAUUAAAGCCAACACUUUUUUUCCUUGUUAACUAUGAGUGCUUAGAGGGACUCAGGAGUAGGGUGGCUCACAGCAAUCACCCAUCUAAUCACAACAAAGACUCUACACCCUACUCAGGAGUAGGGUGUUCACUUUUUUCUCUCUCCACCUAUCCCCAAGACCACCUUCACUGAAACACAGUGUGGACACUCCACCCUACUCUGGAGUAGGGUGAUCCCUCUCAAACGCUACAAGAAUACACUCACUUGUUUGCAGCAAGAACUGAGCACCCCAACCUGGAGUAGGGUGGCGCACCCAGCCAGUUACAGUAUGAACUCUGCAUCCCAACUCAGGAGUAGGGUAAAUUCUGCUACCAUGGACUUCUAGCCGGGUGCUUUCCCAUCUUUACAAUUCACCUCUUUGGCUGUUGAACAGCGACUCAGCACAACCCAUGAUGGCAAUCGCUGGCUGGAAUGUUGGGAGUUGUAGUUUAACAGCCAUUAUAGGGCCACAGACCAGAAUGGGGGUUCCCAUCAAGCACCUAACCUCACAGCAAAGACUCUGCACGCUCUCUGAUUUAGGUGACGCCCCCACACACACACUAUGAAGCCUUGCAAUCACAGUAUGAACUUAACACUUGAACUCUCCUGAUGCUGGCUCUCCAUCUUGGGUUGGUUUUGGCCAUUCAUGUUUCUGUUAGUUUUAAAUAAGCUGGGUGGGGGUGGCUCAGAGACGGGGGAAAAAAAA